AUAAUUUGUAAUUUACAAAAUUUAAACUUUAACGUUUUACGAGUUGACUAGUUUUCUUAUGUUUUCAUUAUAAUUUAAAUGAUUUACCGUGUUAUUAAGUAGGUAAUAUUGUUAUUUGUGAAUACAGUUUGUGAAUGAAAAACUUGACAUGGCGGAAAAAGGAUCUCGGAAAGAUAAAAAUCAAAAUAUACAAGUUUUUGUAAGACUAAGACCUCUCAACCAGCGUGAAAAGGAUAUAAGAUCACUGGGUGUGAUUGAGGUGGCAAAUGGCCGAGAAGUCAUUGUUAGACUGUCACAAAAUUCUUUACACACCAAAAAGUUCACAUUUGACCGAGCGUUUCCACCAAAUAGCAAACAGGUUGAGAUUUACCAGGAGGUAGUGAGUCCCCUUAUUGAGGAAGUUUUGGCCGGAUAUAACUGCACUGUGUUUGCUUAUGGACAAACUGGCACGGGCAAGACACACACCAUGGUGGGGGAGCCUGCUAGCAAUGAAACAACAUGGCAAAAUGACCCUCAAGCCGGCAUCAUACCUCGAGCCCUCAGUCAGCUGUUUGAUGAGCUGCGCCUCUCCAAUUCAGAGUACACUGUAAGAGUAUCAUAUCUGGAAUUGUAUAAUGAAGAGCUGUUUGAUCUCCUCUCCACGUCCGAAGACAACUCGAAGUUAAGGAUAUAUGAGGAUGUCUCUAAAAAGGGAGCCAAUAUUGUUAAUGGUCUAGAAGAAAUAACUGUAUACAACAAGAAUGAAGUGUACAAGAUUAUGUCACAAGGUCAAGAGAGGAAGAAGGUGGCUUCUACACUCAUGAACUCCCAGUCAAGCCGUUCACAUACUGUGUUCACCAUCGUCGUCCACAUGAAGGACAACAGCUCCGAGGGCGAAGAACUUGUCAGGAUCGGGAAGCUGAAUCUGGUGGACCUGGCAGGAUCGGAGAACAUCAGCAAGGCAGGCUCGGACAACCCGGCUAAGAGGGAGCGGGCUAGAGAGUGCGUCAACAUUAACCAGAGCCUGUUAACGUUGGGAAGAGUUAUCACAGCUUUGGUAGAGAGACAUCCCCACAUACCAUACAGAGAAUCUAAACUGACGCGCAUCUUACAAGAGUCUCUCGGCGGCCGGACCAAGACCUCUAUAAUAGCGACCGUGUCUCCCGGACACAAGGACCUUGAAGAAACUAUGAGUACGCUGGACUACGCGAAUCGAGCCAAGAACAUACAAAAUAAACCUGAAAUCAAUCAGAAAAUGACCAAGAAAGCUGUCUUGAAGGAGUACGCUGAAGAAAUUGAUCGUUUGAAGAGGGAUAUUAUAGCUGCCAGGGAAAAAAAUGGUGUAUUCCUAUCACAUGAGACGUACAACGAUCUGACAUUCAAACAAGAGGAACAACGGAAGGAGGUUCAAGAACUGUUACUAAGAAAGAAAGCAUUGGAAGAGGAGAGAGACAAAAUGGAGCAGUUGUUUGAAAAACAAAACCAAGAGCUGCAACAAAAGGGGGAAAUGUUGAUGAGUACCAACAGCAAGCUGCACACUGCUCAACAACAGCUUGCUGAUACAGCCAAUAUGUUGAAAACUACCAAAUUACAUUUUGAGGAACAGCGACACCUGGUGGAAAAGCAGCGUGAGACUGAGCACGUGUUGCAGGAGCAGGCGCGCAACUUGCUCAACGCCGCUCGGUCCGCCACCUGCGACGUGGACGCACUGCUGGAUAACCUGGACAAGCGCAGGUCAUUAGAAAACAAUAACCUGGAGGUGACGCGCGCGUACCGCGACACGGCGCGACAACAUCGAGACACACUCGCCUCCACAGUGGACGCCAUGCUGGCGUAUGUCAACCAGGCGCUGUUGCACGUGCACGAUCACACAGAGAAAUAUUUGGAGAACAAUACACAAGGACUAUCACACAGCAAACAAAAAGCAGAAGCAAUGAUGCACAGUGCUGCAGAAUGUCUCUCUAAGAUGUUCUCUAUUCGUGACAGCAUAGUGGAAGAUAUUGAGACAGAAAUGAGCAAGAAUAAGGAACAGAUACAGACAUCUACCGCAAAUCAAGAGAAUGACUUGCAUGCAUUGAUAAUGAGGUUCUCAGAGAGUCAGUCUAGCUGUCUGGAGAAGGCGAGCCAAUGUGAUGUGAGGGGAGAUCUGGAUAAGUUUUUGCAAUAUUGGCACAGCAGCGCCAGCAGCAAGGUGUGUUCGCUGGGGCGGCGGGCGGGGGGCGUGGCCCAGGCCGGGCGCCAGCACGCGCUCGAGCGGGGGCGGGCCGCACGCUCGCUGCAGCAGCGGGCCACCGAGAGACGCACGGCCUUCGAACACCGCGUGCGGCGCUGGAUUGAAGACAUAACACAAGAGAAACAAAAUGCUGAUGCUCGCAUAUCGAAACAAUUUGAAAGAAUAAAAAAAGAGAAAAUCGACUUAGAGAACCAACUCACUGCUUAUAUAGAGGAAAAGCAAAGAGAAAUCCAGAACUAUGUGGAAGCUCAACGAAACCUACUGGAAGAACGACAGCAGGAAAGAAUUCAAGAGAUUGAAGAUGAGAGGCAAGAAUAUGAAAGGAGAGUAGAGAAGGGUCUGACCUGGCUGCAGAAUGAAUUGAAGGAAAAUGAGUGUGAGAUUGAGGAGUUACAAGAGGUGUUGGUUUCCAACGAAAAUGAGAUUGAUAGUCACGUGGUUGUACUGAAUCGAUUUGAAACAGAAUAUAAGACAGAGAGCGCCGCUGUGUCAAGGGACCUUGAUGAGUUGAGUGAAGCUGCUCUCAAGGUGGUCGACAACGUGAAGGUACAGCUCGUGUCCAGUCUGCAAGCUGUCCGCGAGGAUAUGCAGAAAGAAAGCCAGCAAGCGUUGUCGUCCAACAGCGAGGCGAUGGCGAGGCUGCGCGCGGAGGCGGCCGCCGCCAUGGACCACGUGUCGCAGCACUCGCGACAAGCGAUGCAUCACUUGCUCCGCGACCUGCAGACACACACGGACAACUUGAGCUUGGAUCUCCAGCAGCUGUCCUCGGGCAGCUCGGAGCUCAUCUGUCUGUGCGAGCUUCACAAGAACACACAGGACGAGGCGCUGAUGAACCUGCAGAAGGAAACCGCGCGGUACACGGACACUGUGAAGUCUGAGGUGGAGACGUUAGCUCAGAUCGAGGACAGAUGUCUCAACGAGCAGUACGCCGUGUAUUCUCCCACUGGUGCCACCCCGGGCCGUAAGGAGUACCGCUACCCGGAGUCUCUGGCGGCCACGUCGCCGCACGAGAGGAUCUUGGCGCGCUUCCGAGCGGGCCUGCAGCAGACCAUGGACGAUGUGAUAGUAAUAGACGAUGGCGGCGAGGACCCCAGUCCCAGUGACGACUCCUCGUGCACCGAGGACUCGGCCGCCAGCGCCGGCGACGUGAGCGGGCCCGCCAGCCCCGCGCCGCCCGCGCCGCCCGCCAUGCUCAAGUGUACCUCCGACACCAACAUUGUGGUGAACCGACAGCUUGUCCGCAAGCACAGCAAGGAGAACGCGAAUCAAUCGAUGUGCUUGAAAAAGCAAUCCAAACUGCCCGCGCUCUCCGCGCACAAGAAGCCGCUCCUCGACCGCAACGUUGACAACUGACAACUGACAGCUGUCACCCGCGCUCCCCGCCAGUGUCUAUAUAUAAGUGAUAAGUGCGACAGAGUUACUACGGUGAUGGUAGUAGCCAGGACGCUUUGGAAACCAGUUGGUACUGGUGAAAGGAUUUUGAACGACAUAACCGCAUGUUGAAUAAUAACAAAGCAUAAAAUACAAUAGGCAAACCAAAAAUUAAGAAAAAAUUUAUGUUUUUCAAUCGAAAGCUCUAUAUUUUUAUUUAUACCUACAGUAAAAUUUAUAUCAAAAAAUAAACAAUAAUUUCUUACCUUAUAACAGUAUUUAUUUUUAAAACCAUCCAAAAAUAAAAGCAGCUUUAUUCAGGUUCCUUGUCUUUUUGUGCUCUAACUAAUCAAGGAUAGUACUAUUUUCUUAUCAUUUCUUAUAACUUUUUAACAUUAAAAAUUUGGUAAAAUUAUCAUUAUUUAUUUAUCUAGACGUUUCAUUACCUUUACAAUCAAUCAAUCAUAGUACAGACGUAAUGUUUGCUUAGGGUUAUUGAGGCACAGUGUUAGAAAUUCCAGUACCUUUCCAAUAAAUUGACUAGGUAUGAUAAAGUAUGAGCAGGGGCCGGGGAGUAUGUCGCAGUCAUGAAUAAUACUAGGUAAUAAUAAUAUGUAGCAAUACAUUUGUAAUAUAGUUAGAUUUUCGAGAGCUGGGUAAGUUAUCCUCUGGUAAUCAUGGCUAAUGAGCGCCGAUUUAGAGCAUUUAUACGUCUAGAAUCUAGAUGGUCUGUGACGCGCACUCUAAAACAGUGACAAACAAAUCGCGAGUGUAAGACGUAGCUUGUCACGCACACUAAAGUUAUAAUCCGGGCCUGUUUUCAUCGGCUGUCGAGCAGCAAGAGACUAUCUAGACGUAUAAAUUAUCUGAGAGUAGCGGUGAUCACUUAUCACGAGAUGACCUGGAAGGUUUGUUCUUCUAUUUGAUAUAUAUAAUAUUUCUCUGGAUCAAAUAUUAAAAUAAACUAAGUGCUUUUGAAUUGUCAUCAAAAAAUAAGUAAUUUAAGUUACUGAAUUCAUAUGUUCGGAAAAAGUAGAGCUUGUCAUAAGAACAAGUAAAUCAACGGCCACUCUUUUAAAUUAAUGAGUAUUUCACAGUUAGUUUUGUCAGCCUAAUGUUGUCACUAGUAAUAUUAGAUUAGAAACAUAUAAAAUGUAAUUAUAAAUAAAUUAAGUAUCAGAAAUAACGGAAAAUACAUAAAUCAUAAUAAGAUAGGGUUAGUGACCCAAGCUGGUCUGCUGUCAUAAGGGCAUUAACGUACAAUAAACUAGACUCACUAUCACACCCAAAAAUUCAGUUGUGUUUCGACCGCGCUUUGAAUAAAACGCCACGCAAUGACAGUUUUCCGUAAAAAUUGUCGAAAUAACAGCAUACCCAAACAUAAAAAGGAUGCGUGUCGUAUUUCAGGUAAGUGCCCCUUUAGGUUAACAAAAUUGUGUAAGUAACUUGACGUUUUAAUCAUUUGCUAAAUAAUUAUGUUUCAAUUGCUAAAACAAAAUAUUCUUGCCUCGUGUUCACGUUCGAGCUUCUAAUGAGCGUAUAUAAUAAUAGACUUUGAACAUUACUGCCACAAAAUAAGGCGUUCAUUUGAAUGAAUGUUAUAACGUUAGACGUAUAUACAAUGCCGCUCAGACAUUUUUUGACGACCUUUUAAUUGGCGAUUGGGGGUUUAAUUGUUUAUUGUACGUCAAUGGAUAAAGGGUAACAAUUAAUUAAUAGGUUGUGGCUGUUCCAGCUGUGACUGAAGCCAUUUUAGUAUACACGGUACAGUCACAGUUAAUUUGUUAAUAACUUCAUUAUUCUUUACAGACCCACCGUUCUUGAAGAACUAAUUUAUUUUGUAUUCCUUUAGAAAUGGCCACACAGAAGAGUGUACGGCUGAUGAAUGAUAUAAUUUUGUAUUGAAAAAAUGAAAAUAUGACGAAAUAUAUUUACUCUUAUAAUUCUUAA